CUCAGAAGUUGACAUCAGCUGAACGCGGAUGUCAUUUUUAUUUUUAUUAUAUGAAAAAAGAAAAACGCGGAUCGAUUAUUCAAAUACUCGUACGCUAUUUGGGGAAGAACCAAAUUUAUUCAACUCUGGCCAGUCAACUUGUGUUGUGUUGCGGUUUGGUAUGGCAUCGUUUUAAGAUCCCAAUAUCUAUUACAUGCGGUUCUUUGAAGUUCAAGAUCAUCAUUGUGUGUAAAAUCCAUCUACUUACUGAGAAGCAAAGAAAAAGUAUAAAGUACCACACAUAAUUCCAACAGAAUUGCUUAUUGUUCCUUGAAAUGGUAGCGUGAGAUGAGUAAAUCUAGGAGCUUUAUCCAAAACCUGUUCAAGCCCUUCGCACACAACUCAACGAGAGACGAUAGCCAGGAGGACUUGGAGAUAAUUGCAGCACAAGAGCAGAGGCAUUUUUCAUUUGAGGCUCUUGCUGCGGCCACCAAGAAUUUUGACCCAACCCAGAAGCUUGGUGAAGGGGGCUUUGGCCCAGUUUUCAAGGGGAAAUUGAAAGAUGGGAGAGAAGUAGCUGUGAAGAGGCUCUCACAGAGAUCAGGUCAGGGUAAAACUGAAUUCCAGAACGAGGCAAAGCUGUUGGUACGUGUCCAGCACAAAAAUGUGGUUAAUUUUGUCGGUUAUUGUGUGCACGAUUCAGAGAGGCUGCUCGUUUACGAGUAUGUGGCAAAUGAGAGCCUUGACAAGCUUCUCUUCAAACCUGAUAGACGAGAAUUGCUCAACUGGAAGCAAAGGUAUGACGUGAUAGCGGGAGUUGCAAAGGGCUUGCUUUACCUUCAUGAACAAGCUCCCUGUUCUAUUAUACACCGAGACAUCAAGGCCAGCAAUAUCUUGCUAGACGAAAAUUGGGUCCCCAAGAUAGCUGAUUUUGGCAUGGCUCGUCUCUUUCCCGAAGAUCAAAGCCAUGUUAGCACUCGUGUGGCUGGUACCAAUGGUUAUAUGGCACCAGAGUAUCUCUUUCAUGGCAUCCUUUCUAAAAAGGCCGAUGUUUUCAGCUUUGGAGUUGUGGUUCUUGAGCUGAUAAGUGGACAGAAAAAUUCGGCUUUUAACCGAGAUCCUGAUUGCUAUAGCCUUCUUGAGUGGGCAUACAAGAUGUACAAGAAACAGAGGAGCCUGGAAAUAAUGGACCCCACAUUAGCUUCGUCUGCCGAUAAUGAGCAGAUAGAAUUGUGGGUGAAGGUAGGUUUGCUUUGCGUCCAAUCGGAGGCCCAAUCACGACCUGACAUGGAUCGUGUUGUUAUGAUGCUAUCGAGAAAGCCCAACAAUCUUGAGGAGCCCAUUAGGCCUGCAUAUGUUGGGUCCAGAUACAGAAGACACAAUAAUGGGGGAAGUGGAUAUACAGUUACAGGAACAUCUGAUAGGUCGAGUUCCGGGUCAUAUGGGUCGACAGCUUCUCAGACUGCCACGUUGACUAUGAGUACAUCGAGCUUUACGGGCCCAGGUUUGGAUCCGCAUGGAAAACGCCCUAUCAAAGAUUAGGCCACUGAGAUAUAGGAACAUAUUAUUUAUUUUUAUUUUUAUUUUUUGUACAGGAAAUACAUUUUGAUUUUUUUUUUUUUAUAUAUAUAUAUAUGGUGGUGAAAAUAUUUCAGGGUGCAUGAUGGUGAUGAGUGGGCACCUUAGUAGAAGUUAGAAUUAGAAGUGUAGUUGCUUGGUUAGAUGCAUUAGUGUGUAUAAGGGAUAAUUUUGUAACCACAAAAAUAUUCAUUUUUGCCUGGAAUCAUGUUAUAGGAACAUGUCACCAGUGUGUGCUGCAUUUUACCUUUAGAAA